AGAUAAUUAUAUAAUACCUCUAACCUCCUUGAGCUUCAUUCUCUUGCGCUUUGUUUCACUUGCUCCAUUGCGGCUAGGGUUUUAGUUUCUCACUGUCUCGCAGUCCAUUUUUUGUCUGAAGUCUAGACGCUAUGGGUAAGGAAAAGACUCACAUCAACAUUGUGGUCAUUGGCCAUGUCGACUCUGGGAAGUCAACAACUACCGGUCAUCUUAUCUACAAGCUUGGAGGAAUUGACAAGCGUGUUAUCGAGAGGUUCGAGAAAGAAGCUGCUGAGAUGAACAAGAGGUCGUUCAAGUAUGCGUGGGUGCUGGACAAGCUCAAGGCUGAGCGUGAAAGAGGAAUCACAAUUGACAUUGCACUCUGGAAAUUCGAGACCAACAAGUACUACUGCACGGUCAUUGACGCACCUGGACACAGGGAUUUCAUCAAGAACAUGAUCACGGGAACAUCUCAGGCUGACUGUGCGGUCCUCAUCAUUGAUUCCACCACGGGUGGUUUUGAAGCUGGUAUUUCCAAGGACGGACAGACCCGUGAGCACGCGCUCCUUGCUUUCACCCUUGGUGUGAGGCAGAUGAUUUGCUGCUGCAACAAGAUGGAUGCCACGACUCCCAAGUACUCCAAGGCCAGGUACGAUGAAAUCGUGAAGGAAGUCUCAUCCUAUCUGAAGAAGGUCGGCUACAACCCUGACAAGAUUCCGUUCGUUCCGAUCUCUGGUUUUGAGGGAGACAACAUGAUCGAGAGGUCGACCAACCUUGACUGGUACAAGGGACCGACCCUUCUGGAGGCCCUUGACCAGGUCCAGGAGCCCAAGAGACCGUCAGACAAGCCUCUGAGGUUGCCCCUGCAGGACGUGUACAAGAUUGGAGGAAUUGGAACUGUUCCAGUGGGACGGGUUGAGACUGGCAUUCUGAAGCCCGGUAUGGUGGUCACUUUUGGGCCGACUGGACUGACAACUGAAGUGAAGUCUGUGGAGAUGCACCACGAGGCCCUCCAAGAGGCUCUUCCGGGUGACAACGUGGGAUUCAACGUGAAGAACGUGGCUGUGAAGGAUCUGAAGCGUGGGUAUGUUGCCUCAAACUCAAAGGACGAUCCGGCCAAGGAGGCCGCCAACUUCACAGCUCAGGUCAUUAUCAUGAACCAUCCGGGCCAGAUAGGCAACGGUUAUGCUCCUGUGCUGGACUGCCACACCUCCCACAUUGCGGUCAAGUUUGCUGAACUGUUGACGAAGAUUGACAGGCGAUCUGGCAAGGAGCUUGAGAAGGAGCCCAAGUUCUUGAAGAACGGUGAUGCUGGUAUGGUGAAGAUGAUUCCAACGAAGCCUAUGGUGGUGGAGACUUUCUCGGAGUAUCCUCCGCUUGGUCGAUUUGCUGUGAGGGACAUGCGUCAAACGGUGGCGUGGGAGUGAUCAAGAACGUGGAGAAGAAGGACGCCAGUGGAGCCAAGGUCACCAAGGCUGCACAAAAGAAGGGUGGCAAGUGAAUGGUGCGGGCUGGUUUAUCUAUUGUAGCCGAUCAUUAUGGCUGCGAUAAAAGUAUUCUUAUUUGUAUUCUGUGUUUGCAGAGUCCGAAUCUUAGGUUUAUUGUUUACUGUGUCAUGUUCUUGCCAUUACCUUUGACAAGCAGCUUUUGUUCGCAGAACUGGGUUCUUGAUCGACGGUGGCAAGGUUUUCUGGUAUUUUUAUUUUUAUUCACACUGUGGGGCAGGGAGUUUUGUUUUUGAUAUUUGCGGUAUGGUAUAGAACUAUUUUUAUAGACUGCCGGUUGUGUGUCAAAUGUGAACUUUUUAUUUUGUUGAACUUUUAAUUAAUCCUUAACCUUGAUAAUGGCAUAUACGUAUCCGGAAAGCUACAA